CACCACCUCCUCUCUCAUAAUUACUCGUUACUCGUUACUCGUUACCAUCCCCCUCACUCAUCAUGGCCGUUCAAUCCGACAUCCUCAUCCCCUUGCCCCGUGACCGUGACCACAAGAGCGCAAAGCCUCUUCACUUCAUCGAAGAACUCACCCUUAACACCGACCCCAUCCAAGAGAAAGUCCUCGCCCAGAUUCUCUCGCAAAACGCCCACACAGAGUACCUCAAACGCUUCCAUCUCAACGGUGCCACCGACCGUCAAACUUUCAAGUCCAAGGUUCCUGUCGUCACUUACGAGGAUCUUCAGCCUGAUAUCCAACGCAUUGCCAACGGUGACCGCUCCCCCAUCUUUUGCUCCCACCCAAUCUCCGAGUUUCUCACCAGUUCUGGAACAUCUGCCGGCGAGAGAAAGUUGAUGCCAACCAUAAGCCAAGACAUGGACCGUCGCCAGUUGCUGUACAGCCUUCUCAUGCCUGUGAUGAACCAAUACGUUUCCGGUUUGGACAAAGGCAAAGCGCUUCACUUCCUCUUCAUAAAAGCAGAGACGAAAACGGCCGGAGGGUUAGUGGCGCGUCCAGUGCUCACCAGCUACUACAAGAGCGAGCAAUUCACGAAAAGACCAUUCGACCCUUACAACGUCCUCACAAGCCCCGACGAAGCCAUCCUCUGCCAAGACUCCUUCCAAAGCAUGUACACGCAAAUGCUUUGCGGCCUCAUCAUGCGCCACGAGGUCCUCCGCGUCGGAGCCGUUUUCGCCUCCGGCCUCCUCCGUGCCAUACGCUUCCUUCAGCUCAAUUGGGAACAGCUAGCCCACGACAUCAAAACCGGAACCCUAAACCCAAAAAUCACAGAACCCUCCAUCAAACAAUGCAUGUCCAAGAUCCUCAAACCCGACCCCGAGCUCGCUGAUUUCAUCACAAAGGAAUGCUCCGGAGAAAACUGGGAACGUAUAAUCGUUCGAAUUUGGCCCAACACAAAGUACCUCGACGUUAUAGUCACGGGUGCCAUGGCUCAGUAUAUCCCCACUCUUGAUUACUACAGCGGUGGCCUACCUAAACCUUGUACCAUGUACGCUUCCUCCGAGUGUUUCUUCGGACUCAACCUUAAACCCAUGUCCCAACCCUCUGACGUGUCCUACACCAUUUUACCAAACAUGGGUUACUUCGAGUUCCUGCCCCAUGACGAUUCCAACCCUAUUACCCUCUCCAAGGACUCACCCCCUCGCUUGGUGGACCUAGCUGACGUGGAACUCGGCAAAUUCUACGAACUCAUCAUCACCACCUACGCGGGUCUUUGCCGCUACAGAGUCGGCGACAUCCUCCAGGUUACCGGUUUCCACAACUCCGACCCGCAAUUCCGCUUCGUGAGGCGCAAGAACGUGCUUUUGAGCAUUGACUCUGAUAAAACCGACGAAGCGGAGCUUCAGAAAGCCACCGAGAACGCUUCGGAGUUGUUGAAGGAGUUCAACACGAGCGUGGUGGAGUACACGAGCUUCGCUGACACAAAGUCCAUUCCGGGGCACUACGUGAUUUACUGGGAGCUUUUGAUGAAGGACUCGUCUUGCCCUCCCACGGAGGAGGUUCUGAACAAGUGCUGCUUGGUGAUGGAAGAGUCUCUGAACUCGGUGUAUCGACAAGGGAGGGUUGCGGAUAACUCCAUUGGGCCGUUGGAGAUACGAGUGGUGAAGAAUGGAACGUUCGAGGAGUUGAUGGACUACGCUAUCUCGCGUGGGGCGUCGAUAAACCAGUACAAAGUGCCAAGGUGCGUGAGCUUCACGCCCAUAAUGGAACUACUCGACUCUAGGGUCGUUUCCUUUCAUUUUAGUCCAGCUGCACCGCACUGGACCCCAGAACGUCGUCGUUGAAGGGUAACGUACAACGGUACAACAACAACAUGCAGUAGUCAUGCAUAAUAAGACGAGAAAAGAAAAGAAAACAACCAUGACACAAAAGGGUCGCUACUCGUUGUUGUUGCUAUCAGUUAUCGCCACCAAACCCCAAAGUAUCUGUAUUUGUUGAUUUGAUAUUUCCAAAGUGCUUGUCUUUCCAUCAUGUCUUUAUUUUUUUUUUCUUUCUCUUUUUGGCUGUGUCUUUGUUAAACAGUUAACUUUAUUUGUCUGUUAAAUAAGUUCAAUUGCAUAUGGGUGCGUCAUGUAAUUAAUUGUUGUGUAAAUGCUUGGAAUGGAAACCAUGUUUACACCCUGUAUUUUGAAAUGACGUGGUGAUGGAAACCGUUCAUGUUUAGGGUGUUUGGAUUUGGUAAGAAUUUAACUUGUGAUGUGAUUAAUGAUCCA